AUGGUGGAGAAGAUUCCUGGUUCAGUUGUCCAAAUAGAAACACGACCACUGUACAACGAAAAUGAAGAGGCACAAUGUGUAAAAAUACUUCAUCGUGUAUUUUGGAGUUUCAAUCCAUGCAUUAGGGCAUUCACGCAUUGCAAGCCCCUGGUUCAGGUUGACGGCACACACCUAUACGGAAAAUACAAAGGUACACUUCUAGUCGCUGUUGCACAGGAUGGGAACCAGAACAUUGUGCCUAUCGCCUUUGCCUUGGUGGAAGACUGGCAUGAGUCAAUACGGGCAGCAGUUAAUCGUUCCUGUGGUGACUGGCAACCUCCAAGAGCAUGGUGGAUGUUUUGUAUAAGACACAUCGGUAGUAACUUCUUAAGGGCAUUCAAAGUCCCUCACUUGCAGAAGCUUGUUGUCAACAAAGGGUAUUCAAGAACGGUGGAGGAGUACAAUAUCAACUAUAAGAGGUUGGAAGAGCGAGGCGAGGCAUAUGCUAGGUGGUGCGAUGCCAUCAAACUCAGACAUUGGGUAUUGGCAUUCGAUGAGGGACAUCGAUGGGGCCAUAUGACAACGAACCUUGUCGAGUGCAUUAACUCAGUGUUGAAGGGUACCCGUAAUCUACCUGUGUUGGCGCUGGUCCGAGCAACAUAUUAUAGGUUAAAUGAACUCUUUACACGGAAGAGUGCCGAGACUCAUGAACGCAAGCGUACUGGAUUUACGUACUUUGUAUUUGCGCAACAGCAGAUAGAAGCAAGUAUGCAACAGGCUGGGAAUAUAGUUGUGCACCGUUUUGAUAGACGAAAUGAGGUGUUUAAGGUGCGUGAAAUGACUACUGAAAAGGCGUUAGUUGUUGAUCUUACGCGAUGGACGUGUGACUGUGGGCACUUUCAGGUUGAACGAAUACCAUGUCGCCAUGUUAUUGCUUGCUGUGCUAACCAGCGUCUCGAUUGGCAGUUGUAUGUGCAUGAUGUGUACAAGAUGACGGAAGUUCGUAAGGUAUAUAGAUUUGAGUUCACACCGUUAGGAGAUUCCGAGACAUGGCCUGCUUAUGAGGGACCCACAUUGGUGGCUAAUCCCGCGCUGAGGCAAACGUCUAAAGGCAGGCCCAAACUGACCCGAUACUUGAAUGAAAUGAACUCACGUGACAUGCGUGGUCCUCGGAUAUGCCGUCUCUGUGGUACUCAGGGUCAUAGUCGGAGUAGGUGUGCUGCCACCUUACUCUCCAGCUCAGUCACCACGCCCCUAACGUGCUGCCACCUGGCUAUCCGCUCAGCCACCACGCCCCCGGCGUGUUGA